AUGCGGUCGAGUAUUGCCUGUGCUCGCUGUAGGCGGAGCAAGAUAAAAUGUGUGAACGCUGGCAUUGACACAACUUGUCGCGCAUGUGAAUCUUCCGGUCGAGAAUGUGUAUAUCCCGCCCCCGCAAUCGGUAUGGGCGGUGGUGCCGCCAAACGGGACCUCGCCGCCCUGGCGGAGGGUGAGGAGCGCAACGGUGACUGGGAUAGCCCGAAGCGACAGCGUUCGCGCAAGACGGUUGGUCUCUCUUCGUCCGCUGCUAAAGAUGCGUCCAAGAGUGGUGCGGAUGUGCUAGAUGCAUCGAUCCUAACCAACAAAGUCUGGGAUGCCGUCUUUGACCUCUUCCAAUCCCAUUUCGCGACUAUGCUGCCCUUCGUACAUCCCGCAUCCUUCAUCGGUCAAGCGCGACAACUUUCCUCGAAUUCCUCAAACCUUUCACCUUCAAACAAUGUCGAUGCGACGCGGGAUGCUGCCCAAAGUCCUCCAGCGCCAAAGCCAGACCUCAACCCGCUCAUCCCCCUCGGUGUACUCGCUCUCACCGCACGCUUUCAUCCACAGCUUGUCGCAUACCACUCCCCAUCCUCUCCUGGAAACCCGUCCAACCCUUUAGUUGCGUCUGAAUAUUAUGCGACAGCGUUGCGCAGCCGGCUGGCCGGUGUCGACGGUGCUAGUCUGGCUGUGCCCGACCUGACGCGCGUCCAAGCUUUGCUGAUGCUGGCAUUACACGAGUGGGGAAUGUGUCGUGGGAAGAGUGCUUGGCUAUACGUGGGAAUGGCUAUUCGACUUUCUCAGGCGAUGGGUUUGCCAUUUGAGCUAGAGAAUGACAUGCCUUUCCGCGAGGGGCCUCGGUCCCCCAUCCUCAAAACCGAAGCCGACCUAUUUGGACUUCCCCGACGCCCUGUCGAACAACGAGAACAAACGUCCGACGAUAUCAUCGCCCAGGAGACUAAGCGCCGUACCUUUUGGGCGUGUUUCAUUCUUGACCGCUGCUUGAGCAGUGGCAAGUACCGCCCACGCAUGAUCCGCGUUAAGGAGCUCGCCAUUCAGCUUCCCAGUGAUAACGCUUUUGCUUUUGGAGAACGGGUCCGGACGUCACGCCUCAGCGAGCCCGCCGUACGCCGCCCUACGAGCUUCGGCGCUCAAGGAGUUCAGAUCCCGAGCAUUCGACAAAGUUUGGGAGGCUUAGGCGACGAUAGAAUGCCGAGUGCUGGUCCUGGCGAUGCAAAGGCAUGGUCUCCCAUCUCCCGUCGCAAAGACUCCAGCGAGGACGAGAUCGAUCGAUGGGAGGUGGGUGCAGAGGAGUCCGUGCACAGUCGAAUCAUUCGAAUCAUUCGAAUCUGGGGCAGUAUCGCUAAAUGGUCAUGUGCUGGCGGAAGACGAACCGAACAAUGGCCUCCGUGGCACCCGGAAUCACGCUUUGCAAAGCUACGAGCAAUGCUGAGCGAAUUCCAGGAUGGGUUGUCCCGCAACCUGCAAUACUCCCCUCGUAACACUGAUACCCACAUCAUGUACAAGAACAACACCCUCGCGCCUUAUACUGUGAUGCAUGUGGUUCACUUUCUGUGUGUGAUUGUUCUUCAUCGUGCUUACAUCCCUUUCCUUCCCGUACGGUGCACCGAACCAGUCGGCCCGUUGGACGAACCCCUUUUCCCGAUAGAAAAGGCUGGUGUUGCCGAUGGAUUCUGGAGUGAAAGUGCUCGAGUACUGUUUAAUGCAGCCCGACAAAUGAUGGAUUUGGUGGUAACUUGCCAGGACCGCGGGGUUCUGGUGGAAAAUCCUCUCGUCGGAUUUGCGGUGUACAACGCCGUUUUUAUCGGCAUUUACGCUGCUCAUUUCCCACACAUGGACCCUGAUGGGGUCUUGGCUUCUAAGAAUAUCGGUGAUCGCAAUUUGCAGGGACAAGCCCAAGCUCGGAAAGCACUUGACGUUUUGCGCGAGAUGCGGCCUCGCCUCAAAAUGGCGCGUGACUGGUUUCGCACUCUGAACCGGCUGCACACGUACUUCUCCAAGGUCAAGCGUGACUUCCGACGACAAUCGCGCAAAUUCGAUCCGGCUGACCAGGCUGACACCCAUGUCAAUGGAAUUCGGCCGGUCCGUGAGGGCGGCUUGGGCGGCGGUCUCGAGGAAUUCAAGCUUCUUGAGAAGUUGUUCCUUGAUUUUGGCAUCAUCGAAGACCAACUUCCAGAGGCUGGCGCCGAUGAUGACGGUCUUGGCGCUGCAAGUGAAAGGGCUACAAUUCUUAGCGACGCAGGCAGUAAUGCUGUUCGCAGUGAGACUGGAGACACUGGAGAGCCACCCCUGGAUGGCGCGGGAGGUAGACGGGAGUCUUGGGUUCCCAUCAACAGCCCUGGUAUGCCGCUGCCAGGACCCGACGGCGAACGUCGACCCAGUCUUCCAAUGCCCCCGAAUCGCGCCUUGCAAUCUCAGUCACCUUACUCCCUGCCGUCUCUGCAGCACCAUCCGGAUGGCCCAUUGUACAAUUCGUCGUCUCCCAACCUUCCUUCGUUGGGACCGCCUGGACCAUAUGGGGUUCCUCAGUCGACCUCGACUCCGUCGUCAGCGCAGUACAAUGGUCCAGGGCAAGCUUCUAAUCGGUUGCAGCCGCUAAACUCUUGGCUUAGCCGCACGCAGCCACCCCCUCCUUAUUCCCAGUCACUCCCUCCGAUCAACGCGGCGGCAUCAUCACACGGGUUGCCAUUGUUACCUCCCCCCGGCUCCGUCGGCCAUCCUGGUGCAUCCCCGCCAGUAACUGUCGAUGGGUUGGAAGUCGUUAACACCAACAGCCUGUGGUCGACGAGCUUGGGCGGGGAUGAUGUCCUCGCUUUCCUGGAGGGGUGCGAGUACGACCAACUCCCGGCCACAGUCUCUCCGGAGAGUACUUCGACCGGGUGGCUUACCACCGUGUGGACCGAGUUCACCCGCUGA